AUGAAAGGAAGCGCAGCUGACAAUAUUGCGAGCACGUCUGCAGCAACUCCGGUCAAACGAGGUGGACAAGAUGUGAAACAAGACCAGGUAGCAAAGACAGCAACCGACGUGCUUCAUAAAAAGAGUAAGGAAGAUAAAGACAGUAAAAAACCAGGAAAAAAGGAUGCGAAAGAAGAUUUUAAGACUUGCACUACUGUAACACUGGCUCCAGGUGAUGUUCUCGGGAAAGAGAUCAAGGAAGGAAAAGACGAUAAAGGAGGAAAAGGGGCCAGAGAAGCUUCAGAGGAAAAGGACGGAAAACAGGACAACAUUCCGAGCACUGCCCCCGCAAUACCACCUCCACCUGAAACACAAGAUGGCAAAGGCGGCAAGCAGGACAACAUUCCGAGCACUGCCACCGCAAUACCACCUCCACCUGAAACACAAGAUGGCAAAGGCGGCAAGCAGGACAAGCUUCCGAGCACUACCGCUGCAGUACACGGUCCAGGAGGAAAAGGGGCCAGAGAAGCUUCAGAGGAAAAGGACGGAAAACAGGACAACAUUCCGAGCACUGCCCCCGCAAUACCACCUCCACCUGAAACACAAGAUGGCAAAGGCGGCAAGCAGGACAACAUUCCGAGCACUGCCACCGCAAUACCACCUCCACCUGAAACACAAGAUGGCAAAGGCCGCAAGCAGGACAAGCCUUCGAGCACCACCACUGCGAUACCGCCUCCACCUGAAGGUGAUAGUAGAGUUGGCAAACAAGAUGUUCCCCCAACCACGACCACUGCAAUAGCAACACCCCUUGAAGAACAAGAUGGCAAAGAUGGUCAACACUAUAAGCCUCAGGGCACUGACACAGCUGCACCUGCUUCAUCUGCAGUUCCUAGCAAAGAUGGGAAACGACGCAAGCGUAGCAAAGGUAGUAAAAAACAACUUAAGAAAAAGGAUUCAAAACAAGACAGGCCGUCCAGCGUUGCCACAGCAACACCAGCUUCACCAGAAGUUCCUCUCAAAGAAGGUAAGCGACGUAAACGCAGCAAAGACAGUAAAAAACGACUAAAGAAGAAGCAUGAACCACCAAGCACUGCCACUGCAAAAUCAGCUCCUCCAGAAGGGCAGGAUGAUCAAGGUAAAAAAGACAAGCCUCCGAGUACUGCACUUCCACCUCAAAAAGACGUUCCCUCCAAAGAAGGCAAACUAAGCGAACGUAGCAAAGGCAGUGAAGAUAAGACUUCAAGCACCUCCACGGCCAUACCAGCUCUACCAAGUAGCGAUGAUAAAGAAAGCAAACCUCCGAGCACUUCAACUGCUAUACCGGCUCCACCAGAAGGUCAAGAAGGGAAAGAUGUUAAGCAAGAUAAAGCUCCAAGCACUUCAACUGCAAUAUUAGCUCCAUCAGAAGGUAAAGGAGUGAAGGAUGGUAGGCAAGAUAAUCCUCCCAGCACUUCAACAGCUAAAGAAGCUCCUUCAGACGGAAGAGGUAAAGAGGGUAAGCAAGGCAAACCUUCAAGUGCUUCGACUGAAGUACUUCCCCCACCGAAGACCAAAGAUGUUAAAGUCGGUAAACAAGACAAGCCAGCAAGUACUGCUACUGCAAUACCACAUCCAUCCAAAGUCCCUAGUAAAGACGGCAAACCACGUAAACGUAGUAAACGAAGCAAACGCAGCAAACGUAGCAAAGGGCGUAAAAAGGAAAAAGAAGGGCAACAAGACAAGACUCCAAGCACUUCGACAGCGAUACCAGCUCCAAAGGAGCGAGAAAGAUGGCAAGGACGGUAA